AAAUCUCCCCCUGUAACUCUGGCUGCAGUGGUGCAGAGCAAUAAAUAGUUCACCAGUAGCAUUGUCUAUUUUGAAGAAAAUCACAGAAAGCCGCACUCACCACUUGAUGCCAGUCUUACUUUAUUGAAACAUAGGUCUAAGAUGCAGGGACGCCUCCAUGGGACGGUAUCUGUUUUGUGUGGCAGGCACACUUCGCCUAGCCAACUGCUUCCAGAGGUUCAUUGUGUAAGUGCCAGAGCCACAUUUCUGACAAAAGGCACAAUGCCUGAAGAUGGGCAAUUAAAGCGGUACUCAGGUGGAAAACAUUUUUUUUUAUCAACUGGUGCCAGAAAGUUAAACAGAUCUGUAAAUUAGGAAAAAAUGGAAUGGAAUGCGUAGCUCAGACAACUGUGAUAAAUGAACGAGGUUAACUGGAUACCUCUCACCCAAAAAGAGGAACCAGGGAUACAAUCAACAAGGAAAAACAGUUUUCCAGUCCUCAAUACGUUCACACUCAAUUAGAGUUAUAUGGUAUCUGUCUGGUAUCAACAAGGAAAGAAAAUGAAUAGAUAUUUUGGAUGGAAAUUUAUUAAUAUAAAGCUCAAUUGUGACAACUUCAUGUGGCUGUACCUCUGGAAGGUUUGCCCUGACUCAAGAUGGCUACCCUUACAUGAAGGAUGUCUUCUGCACAUGUGCACUAGCUAUGGACCAGCUCAGCUCCCUUACUGCAUUAUAUCAUGUGAUAGAGGUUGCAGUCAACCAGGAAGAACUUCCUGACAUGCUCCUGUGAUUUGUUUACAAGCCAAGACAAGCGUGACAGAGGAGUUACCUUGGACUAUAUAUAGCAGUACUGGGGGGAUGACACAGUGUUUUCUGUAAGGAUGACCGAAUCCAUCAGUGAGUUAUAGGACAUCUUUAAAUUCAACUUCCACAAUGAGUGGAAAGUCUUUGCUGCUCAAAGUCAUACUAUUGGGGGAUGGUGGAGUUGGAAAAAGCUCCCUUAUGAAUCGAUAUGUAACAAACAAGUUUGACUCUCAGGCAUUUCACACCAUUGGUGUUGAGUUUCUUAACCGGGACCUUGAAGUUGAUGGGAGGUUGGUGACCCUGCAGAUAUGGGACACAGCUGGUCAAGAACGCUUUAAGAGUCUUCGCACUCCCUUUUACAGGGGAGCUGACUGCUGCCUACUUACGUUCAGUGUGGAUGACAGACAGAGUUUCCAUAAUCUGAGUAGCUGGAGAAAGGAGUUCAUAUUUUAUGCUGAUGUUAAAGAACCUGAAUGUUUUCCUUUUGUAGUUUUAGGCAACAAACUUGACAAGAAUGAAAGAGAAGUUAGCACAGCCGAAGCACAAGCCUGGUGCAGUGAGAACGGGGGCUACCCCUACCUAGAAACAAGUGCCAAGGAUGACACCAAUGUUACUGGUGCAUUUGAAGAAGCGGUAAGACAGGUUUUGGCCAUGGAAGAACACAUGGACCAUACAGUUUUUGGUAAUACUAUAGAUCUUCAUAGCAGUGACCACGCAAAGUCACUAUGCUGCUGAAAGAAAAACAUUGCAGUUACAGAGUUAGAAGGGAGUCAGAAGAAUACAAACACUGACAGUGGGAAGAAUACAGUUGCAAAACAAUAUAGCAAGGGUUCUUUAAAAGCCAUGGUAUUCUAAGGUUUGGCACAGCAAGAUUGGUAAGGUUUCCAGUGGUAGUAUGCAUCUUAUUCUGAAGGCAUUGUGAAUUACAAUGCCUCAUGCUGAAAAUUGCAUAGCUGGCCAAAAGGACUAUUACUUAGUGAUAUUUCUGUCAUUUCUUGUAACCAAUGGCAUUUAGGUAACUAUAUCAUUAUUUAUGGCAUAUCUUAUACGGUAGGGUGCUUUUUUGAGAAUAAGAAAACCCUUUGAAGCUUCCCAUAUUAAAGGGAAUCUGUUGGCUGCAAUUCAACAAUUGCCUUGUUUCAAAUCUUGCACCUGCACACAAUUUGUAUAUACACCACAGGAACAAAAUUAAAAAGAGGGCUCUGCGUCAAGCUUACUGUCAGUCAAGCAGGGAUGGAAGGGGAAGAAAGGAGGCUUUCUGCUCUUGGCACUUCAGGGGCUUGGUAACGCCUCUUUGACUCUUUGUACUAUAGAAUAAAAGCAUUUUUCUAAGUUAUUGAAGCACAGACGCAUAUGAAGAGUACAGUGUGUCUCCCGUCCUAAUCGUUAUGUAACAGUGCCAGCAGUGUCUUCGCUCCAAGCUUUAAAAGCUGUUUAUUCUUGGAACUCUUUUAACAUCUCAUAUAAAUAUUUCUUGUUGGCUACUUGAGAGACUCUCGGAUCAGGUACACAAGUUCAAUUACAAAGAGUUAUGUAUUGUGUAAAUGUCCUUGCUAUCCACUUGUACAUUUAUGGUAUUUUAAGUGCAUGGCUACAUCCUGUUUUCCCGGGAAGUCACUGUCUGUAUUUGCAGUAUUAAAAUAUCCAGUGUAAAACUUUUAUUUGGGGACAGUAAAGUUGUCCUUUAAAAAAAAAAAAAAAAAAAAAAAUAUCUCUGUAGGACUAGAUAAUCUCAAAUUAUUUUGGGGUGAGAAUAAAGAACAUGUACAGCUCUGUGCAUAGAAAGCAA